AUGCUAUGCCACCCAAACGAAUGCCACUUCUUGCCUUUUGAACUAAGGACUUGCUGUCUUCAGCUGUUGUUUAUUGUUGAAUCAAGUUUUUUACUGGGAAAUGCCCAGAUUGUGGAUUGGCCUGUAGUUUAUAGUAAUGACGGUUUUUGUAAACUCUCUGGAUAUCAUCGAGCUGACGUGAUGCAGAAAAGUAGCACUUGCAGUUUUAUGUACGGGGAACUGACAGACAAGAAGACAAUUGAAAAAGUCAGACAGACUUUUGACAACUAUGAGUCAAACUGCUUUGAAAUUCUCCUGUACAAGAAAAACAGAACCCCAGUUUGGUUCUAUAUGCAGAUUGCGCCCAUAAGAAAUGAACACGAAAAAGUUGUUUUAUUCCUGUGCACUUUUAAAGACAUCACUUUGUUCAAGCAACCUAUUGAAGAUGAUUCAACUAAAGGUUGGACAAAGUUUGCUCGGCUGACGCGAGCUUUGACGAACAGCCGGAGUGUUUUGCAGCAGCUAACGCCAAUGAACAAAGCUGAGGUGGUGCACAAACAUUCAAGAUUAGCUGAGGUUCUCCAGCUUGGAUCUGAUAUUCUUCCUCAGUAUAAACAAGAAGCUCCAAAGACUCCCCCCCACAUUAUUUUACAUUAUUGUGCUUUUAAGACCACCUGGGACUGGGUCAUCUUAAUUCUAACCUUCUAUACAGCAAUUAUGGUUCCUUACAAUGUCUCCUUCAAAACAAAGCAGAACAACAUCGCCUGGCUGGUACUGGACAGCGUGGUGGAUGUUAUUUUUCUGGUUGACAUUGUUUUAAACUUUCAUACAACCUUUGUUGGCCCUGGAGGAGAGGUUAUAUCUGAUCCCAAACUCAUAAGGAUGAAUUACCUGAAAACAUGGUUUGUGAUAGACCUUCUGUCCUGUUUACCUUAUGAUAUCAUCAAUGCCUUUGAGAAUGUGGAUGAGGGGAUCAGCAGCCUCUUCAGUUCCUUAAAAGUGGUGCGUCUUCUACGACUUGGUCGUGUUGCCAGGAAAUUGGACCAUUAUCUAGAAUAUGGUGCUGCAGUACUGGUGCUGUUGGUCUGUGUAUUUGGACUAGUGGCUCACUGGCUAGCCUGUAUAUGGUACAGCAUUGGGGAUUAUGAGGUGAUCGAUGAAGUCACUAAUACAAUCAAAACAGAUAGCUGGCUCUACCAGUUGGCAUUGAGUAUCGGGACCCCAUAUCGGUACAAUACUACCGGCUCAGGGCAGUGGGAAGGAGGACCAAGUAAAGACUCGUUGUACAUAUCCUCUCUCUACUUUACCAUGACAAGCCUUACAACAAUAGGAUUUGGAAACAUUGCUCCUACCACUGAUGGAGAGAAGAUUUUUUCAGUAGCCAUGAUGAUGGUUGGCUCUCUUCUUUAUGCAACAAUUUUUGGAAAUGUCACCACCAUUUUCCAGCAAAUGUAUGCUAACACCAACCGAUACCAUGAGAUGCUGAACAAUGUGAGGGAUUUCCUAAAACUAUAUCAAGUCCCAAAAGGCCUUAGCGAACGAGUCAUGGAUUACAUUGUCUCAACGUGGUCCAUGUCUAAAGGGAUCGACACAGAAAAGGUGCUUUCAAUUUGCCCCAAAGACAUGAGAGCGGAUAUCUGUGUACAUCUGAAUCGGAAGGUUUUUAACGAGCACCCUGCCUUUCGACUUGCUAGCGACGGCUGUCUGCGGGCCUUGGCUGUGGAGUUUCAGACUAUACACUGUGCUCCAGGAGACCUCAUCUACCAUGCUGGUGAAAGUGUGGAUGCUCUGUGCUUUGUGGUGUCAGGAUCCCUAGAAGUCAUACAGGAUGAUGAGGUGGUGGCUAUUUUAGGUAAAGGCGAUGUGUUCGGUGACAUCUUCUGGAAGGAAACUACACUGGCUCACGCCUGUGCCAAUGUACGGGCACUGACUUACUGCGAUUUACAUAUUAUUAAGCGGGAAGCCUUGCUUAAAGUUCUGGACUUUUACACGGCUUUUGCAAACUCCUUUUCGAGGAAUCUCACUCUCACCUGCAAUUUGAGGAAACGGAUUAUCUUCCGGAAAAUCAGUGACGUCAAGAAGGAAGAAGAGGAGCGCCUACGUCAGAAGAACGAAGUGACACUGAGCAUCCCUGUGGACCACCCUGUGAGAAAGCUCUUCCAGAAGUUCAAGCAGCAGAAGGAAAUGCGGAACCAAGGCUCAACGCACAUGGAUGCAGAGAGGAACCAGCUCCAGGUGGAGAGCCGUGCCAUGCAGAAUGGGGCUGCCAUCACCGGCACCAGCGUGGUCACGGUGUCUCAGAUCACACCCAUCCAGACAUCCCUGACGUACGUGAAAACCAGUGAGGCGGUUAAGCAGAACAACCGGGAUGCAAUGGAGCUCAAGCCAAAUGGCAACAGUGACCAAAAAUGUCUCAAAGUGAACAGUCCCAUGAGGAUGAAAAAUGGGAACGGGAAAGGGUGGCUCCGACUAAAGAACAAUAUGGGAACCCACGAGGAGAAAAAGGAAGACUGGAAUAAUGUCACAAAGGCUGAGUCGAUGGGGUUAUUGUCCGAGGACCCCAAAAGCAAUGACUCAGAGAACGGGGUGACGAAAAACCCCUUGAGGAAAACAGACUCUUGUGACAGUGGAAUCACAAAAAGUGACCUUCGUUUGGAUAAAGCUGGUGAAACUCGCAGCCCUCUGGAACACAGCCCUAUUCAAGCUGAUGCAAAACACCCCUUUUACCCCAUUCCUGAGCAGGCCUUACAAACCACACUCCAGGAAGUCAAACACGAACUCAAAGAAGAUAUCCAGCUGCUAAGCAGCAGGAUGGCUGCCCUUGAGAAACAGGUGGCAGAGAUUUUAAAAAUACUGUCCGAAAAGAGCGUGUCCCGAAGCUCUUCCCCCAAGUUCCAUUUAUCACCCGAGCUCCCUCCGCAAAUACCCUGUCAGGAUAUUUUUAGUGUGUCGAGGCCCGAAUCACCAGAAUCAGAAAAAGAUGAAAUCCACUUAUAACAUAUACCUAUGUGUAUAUAUGUAUACAGUAUAUAUGCAGGAGUGUAUAUAUACCCUUAUACAUAUAUAUGUGUGCGUGUAUGUGCGUGUGUGUGUACAGUAAAUAUACAUACAUAUAUAUUUUCACGUGCAUCCAAUAUGACUUGAACACAACAAGGAUUUUGAUAUGUAAAUAUUGCAUGUCCAGCUGGAUUCUGGCCUGCCAAAGAAAACACUUAUUAACAUAGAUAUUGCUUGUAUAAUAUGCAGUUGACUGCAUGCACACUUUACAUUUAUUUAUAACCUCUAUUAUGUAAUAAAAGGAUGACCUUUCUUUAACCAAGGCAAUGUACUAUUUAAAGAAUCAGGGUCCAACCUGCCAAUAUUGCCAUGACAGUUUUGCUCUCAGGCUGGGUGAAUUGAACUUUUUUUCCCUUCUCAUUUGUCCUUUCUGCAGAGUUAAACAAUAGAGUAACAUCCAGUGGAAGACGUGUUCGCUCUUCAAUUAGAACUAUUUCCAGGUGUUGUUUCGUUAUGAUAUCAUGUAUAUUUACGAUAGAUUUUUCUCCCUUUAAAGGGGAGGAUUCAUCUGAGUUUAAAGGGACGGUAUUUUUAACCAGCAUCAGGUGAUAGUCUAGACUGUGAGAACUUAUUUUGGUGGGUAUUCUGCAUGCACUGCAUUUCAUCCCAGCUACCCUCCUGCUCUUCUAAUGUUAUAUUUAAGGGACAAUAAUAAUGAAUAUUUAUGUAAAAAGAAACAAAACAAAACACCUCACAUGUAGUCCCUGUAUAUUUGGGGGGAAAUGAACUGUUUCUUGAAAGCCUCCUUUUAUCAACGCCAUUCAUACUUAACUCUUAGAAUAAUAAUUACGUAGAUUCGGGUAGUUACACUCAGCUGCGGUGUCUGAGUCCGUCAGUGUCUUUGUUAUAAACUCCAGUUUUUCAGGGGUUUAUUGUAGCUCCCCCCAAAAUUGCUCCUGGCUGAGGCUUUUUACACAACUUCUCAGCAAGGGAAAGUGAAAUCUUAGCUCAGCUCCUUGUGAGCUGCACAAGUGGUUUUCAAAGCCUGAAGUUAAAUGAUUGCAAGGGAUUUUUCGCACUUUUCCUAGGAUGUUUAUAACUCUGACAUUUCCAGUAGAGAGAAAAAUGAUCAGGUGAUAUAUUUGUUAAGAGGUUGCUCCACCUACAGAGAGCCUGGGUGAUUGGGCUGUGGGUGGGGCAGGUGAAAUCCAGUCUUAAUGCCUCCUGCAAAUGAUUUUGAACUAUGGGACUCUUUCAGUGAAUUUUCGGUCAGGCUUCAGGGAUACAGCUGUGGUCCCCCAGACAACCAGUUGCAAAGUGUACUGGGGCCAUGAGAUCUGUGUUAAUACGGAUCCUACAUUCUCUCUCCUAGCUUACUCCCCUUGGCACCCUCUUCGCCCCAUCUGCCACACAUCUGAUUGCUUAACCUCCAGCACCAUCCUUGUCCGCUGUCAGUGUGAGAGCAGGGCUAUAGUCAGGAGGGGUCUUGUCUUGGCUCUUUAUGGCCCAGGUGAACUCUACUCUGCCUGCCUAUGCGGUUUGCAAAGAAGCCCUCUCUCCUACUCGCAAGACUUCCAGAUCUGUUUGGGCCUAGCAAUAAUAGGCAGUGCGCUAUUAUCUCUAAUGGAGCUACACUAAUUUACACCAGCUGCAGAUAUUGCUCCUUUACAGAGCCUUCCCCCCUCUUGCGCCCAUCAGAACUGCCCUUAGACACUUGAGAACAGAUGCUCUUGCUGGACUAGACCGAGGGCGGGCAAUUAUUUUGGGCGGAGGGCCACUUACUGAGUUUUGCCAAGCCAUCGAGGG